AUGGCUGAAGCAAUACCACUGCGAGAAAAGAAGCUGAAAAGUCUACCUCGAUCUGAUGGGUGUGGUCUGAAUAACUUUGAUGCUCUUGAUCUUUCUGGAGGCCUGAGAAUAGUCCUAGUAGGGAAGACUGGCUCAGGAAAGAGCGCAUCAGGAAACACUAUACUUGGCAGAGCGGCCUUUAAAGAGGAUCCCAGUCCGGUGUCGGUGACCAAACACUGCGAGACGCAGAGCGGGGAAGUGGAUGGAACCACGGUACAGGUCAUAGACACACCAGGCCUGUUUGACACUGCCAUCACAGAAGAUGAAUUAAAGUCAAGAAUAGAGGAAUGUGUCAAAAUGUCUGUGCCUGGCCCUCACGCCUUCCUACUAGUGAUCAGGCUUGGAGUGAGGUUCACUGAGGAGGAGAGAAAUGCUGUGAAGUGGAUCCAGGAAAACUUUGGCGAUGAUGCAUCUAUGUACACCAUCAUGCUAUUUACAUGCAAAGACCAGGCUAAAGCUGACAAUGCUCUAAAGGAGUGCAAGGAGCUACGUAGACUCUCCAUCACGUUCGGGCGCAGAUAUCAUGCAUUCAACAACAACGACGCAGAAGAUCGAGUCCAGGUGAAAGAGCUAGUUACAAUGAUCAAGGAAAUGAUCCAAGACAACGGCGGGAAACACUACACAAAUGAAAUGUAUGAGAAAGCCCAGAGAAAACUAAAAGAGGAGGAGGAACGGAAGAAACAAGAGGAGGAAGAGAAGAAAGAGGAGGAGAGAAAAAUGUGGGACGCAGAGCGAGAGAAGGAAGAAAAAGUGCGGGAAAAGAAGAAAAAAACAAAAAGGAAGAACAUUGGUGUGGCGUCGGCGGCUGCUGUGGUGCUGGUGUUAGCUGGCAUGGUUAUCGCAGUGGGGGCCGACACCACCGUGGCGCUGGCUCUUGGUGCACCUACUUUGCUCUUGGGGGUCUUAUGUGGCUUAACUGCUCUUUGGUUUUGGAAAGGAAUUAGAUGCAAAGCUAAAUCUGAUCAUCCAGUAUAA